AUGCCAACCUCUCUGUCUGCAGUUGCACUGCUUCAAGAGAAUCUUUUCAGAGAUGGAAGUUUUGGGAAAACCUCGUGGAUCAACUGCAGAAAGGGACUGAGUGGCAUCUUUCUGAAGGGAUUAGAUCAAGCCAUAGUCCUGCUCUGGUGCUAUGAAGAAUUCACUUCAAAUGUACUCACAUGGUGCCUCAUGUUGUCUCAGUCAAUGAUGGAUCACAUACAUUAUGGUGACUCCAUAAGGUACCUUCACUCAAACCAACUGGAAACACUGCAGCCAGAGACCUUUGGGGACCUUCUGAAAUUGGAACGACUAUUUUUACAUAACAUCAAAUGAUCUAAAAUUCUGCCUGGGAGCUUUUCUUAUCUGGUUUCACUGAAAAGACUGUGUCUGGAUUCCAAUGCUCUGGUUUGUGACUGUGACUUAAAGUGGCUGGGGGAGCUUCUACAGGGUUAUGCCCUUAAUGGCCAGACACAGGCCACAGCAACCUGUGAACAUCUGCCAAGUCUCCAUGGCUGCUCGGUAGCUUCAGUAACACAGGAGGAAUUUAAUUGUGAGAGUCCCCGAAUUACUUUUGAGCCCCAAGAUGUGGAGAUAACAUCAGGAAAUACUGUCUACUUCACUUGCGGGGCUGAAGGAAACCCAAAACCUAAGAUUAGCUGGAUCCAUAACAACCAUUCACUUAAUCUGGAAGGUGAAAAUCAACUUAACAUGUUUGAUGAUGGGACACUCAUGAUCCAGAACAGCAGAGAGUCAGACCAGGGUGUCUAUCAGUGCAUGGCCAAAAACUCUGCUGGGGAAGCCAAGACACAGAAUGCCAUGCUCAGAUACAUCAGUCUGCCAGCCAAACCUCACUUUGUGAUCCAACCCCAGGACACAGAGGUCUUAAUUGGUACCAGCACAACUUUGGAAUGCAUGGCCACAGGCCACCCACACCCCCAUGUUACUUGGACAAGGACCAAUGGUGAGGAGGUUGAUGGAUUCAGGCACGUGGUGACUUCCAGUGGGCUUUACUUACAGAACGUCACCCUGCGGGAUCAUGGUGGAUUUACUUAUCAUGCCAACAACAGCCAUGGCUCUGUUCAAGCCACAGCCAACAUAAUUGUACAAGCUCCACCACAGUUUACAAGAAGGCCCAGGGAUGAAGUGGUGCUCCAAGAACACACUGUGGAAUUUCUUUGUGAAGCUGAAGGCCACCCUGCUCCAGUCAUUGUCUGGACAAAAGCAGGAAGGCAGCUCCCUCUGGAAAGUCAGUACACGGUUCUGUUCUCAGGCACCUUGAGAAUUGACCACGCAGCACUGCAUGAUCAGGGCCCAUAUGAAUGUCAUGCAGUCAGUCCGCUGGGGGUGAGAAAAGCAUCUGUCCAGUUGACUGUAAAACCCAAAGCUCUCCCGGUGUUUACUCAGCCUCCUCGGGAUGCGAGCAUAGAUGUUGGAAGGGAUGUAAACAUUCCAUGUCUUGCUCAAGGAGAACCGCAGCCCAUUAUUACUUGGAAUAAGGCAGGUGUACAGGUCAGUGAGAGUGGCAAAUUCCAUGUUGACAUUGGAGGUACCCUGACUGUCUAUGAUGCAGAGCUGGCUGACCAAGGAAGAUAUGAAUGUGGGGCUCAGAAUUCAUUUGGCCUGGCUGUGACCAGUAUGUUUCUUACAGUCACUACAAUACAGGAUUGACAAACUGGAGAUGACUUCGUUGAAGCAUCCAUUCUCGCUGCUGUACGGAAGGUUGACAGUGCAAUUAACGCCACACGAAGACAUUUGUUUUCACAAAAACCUCACACUCUCAGUGAUCUGCUGGCUCUGUUUCAUUACCCGAGUGAUCCAUUCACUCUGGGGACAGCAAGAGCUGGGGAGAUUUUUGAGCUCACACUGCAGCUGAUCCAGGAGCGUGUGAAGCAGGGGCUCACUGCAGAUCUGGACAGCAGAGAAUUCCGCUACAAGGAUUUGGUGUCCCCGCGGUACCUCAAUCUCAUAGCUAAUCUGUCUGGAUGCACCACUCACAGACCUCUGCCCAACUGCUCUAACAUGUGCUUCCAUCAGAAGUACCGGGCCCAGGAUGGCACAUGCAACAACCUGCAGCAGCCCACCUGGGGCGCAUCACUCACGGCCUUUGGGCGCCUGCUGCAACCAGCCUAUGAGAGUGGCUUCAGCUCACCCCGUGGGCAGACCGGGCACCUGGGGGGCAGCCGCUCCCCACUCCCGCCGCCCACGCUGGUCUCCACCGAGUUGGCAGGCGCGGUGGCCGUCACCCCUGACCCCAGAUACACGCACAUGCUCACGCAGUGGGGCCAGUUUGUGGAGCACUACCUGGACCACGCGGGGCCAUCGCUGAGCAGCGCUCGCUUUUCCGAUGGGCAGCUAUGCAGCUCCAACUGCACCCACGACCCUCCCUGCUUCCCCAUGACCGAUAUACACGGCGACCCUCCCUGCGUGGUCUUUGCACGCUCCAGCCCUGUAUGUGGCAGCAGGACGACCUCCUCCAUGAUGAAUUCAGUCCACGCACGAGAGCAGAUCAACCAGCCCACCGCCUACCUUGAUGCUUCCAACGUGUAUGGGAGCUCGGAGCAGGAGUCCCAGGCUCUCAGAGACCCCUCUGCACCUGGGGGGCUGCUGAGGAUAGGUUUGUCUUGGUCCCCUUCUGGAAAGUUCUUAUUGCCCUUCUCUGCAGGCCCGCCCACCCAGUGCACAACACGAGAACAGGACAGCCACAGCCCCUGUUUCCUGGAUGGGGACCCCCUGGCCAACGAGCAGCUGGCUCUGAAGGCCAUGCAUACCCUGUAGUUUCGCGAGCACAACAGGGUGGCCACGAAGCUGUCUGCCUUGAAUCCCCAGUGGGAUGGAGACACCCUUUAUAAGGAAGUCAGGAAGAUCGUGGAUGCGGAACUGCAGCGCAUCACCUACAGCCACUGGCUGCCCAAGAUCCUGGGGGACCCUGGCAUGAAGAUGCUGAGGAAGUACGCGGGCUACGACCCCAAUGUGAACGCGGGGAUCCUCAACGCUUUUGCUACUGCGACCUUUACAUUUGCCCAUGCAUCAAUCAAUCCAGUCCUUUAUCGACUGAACGACACCUUCGGUGAAAUUCCCGCAGGCCACCUCCCACUCCACAAAGCAUUCUUUUCACCAUCCAGAAUAAUCGAGGAGGGGGGCAUAGAUCCACUCUUGCGGGGGCUAUUUGGCGUGGCUGCUAAAUUGUGGGUGCCCUCGCAGCUGCUCAGUCUUGAGCUUGGCUCUGUGGCCCACUCUUUGGCUCUGGAUUCGGUGGCCACCAACAUCCAAAGGGGUCGGGACCAUGGGAUCCCGCCAUACAUGGACUUCAGAGUUUUUUGUAAUUUGACUUCUGUUGAGAAUUUCGAGGAUCUUCAAAAUGAAAUUAAAGAUUCAGAGAUUAGACAAAAGCUGAAAAAGUUGUAUGACUCUCCAGGUGACAUUGAUUUGUGGCCUGCACUGAUGGUCGAAGACGUGAUCCCUGGCACAAGAGUGGGACUAACACUUAUGUGCCUGCUUGCUAUCCAGUUUCAGAGGUUCAGAGAUGGAGAUAGGUUCUGGUAUGAAAACCCUGGAGUGUUUACUCCUGCACAGCUCACUCAGCUGAAACAGGUGUCGCUGGGCCGUGUUCUUUGUGACAAUGGUGACAGCAUUCAGCAAGUCCAGGCAGAUGUCUUUGUAAAGACAGGAUACCCACAGGACUACCUGAGCUGCAGUGAGAUCCCACAGAUGGAUUUGCGAGCCUGGCAGGACUGCUGUGAAGCCUGCAGGAGUGGAGGACAGCCCAGAACAUCCACCCUGGCAUCUCAGAGGAGACAUUCUGCUCAGCACAACUAUCCUGGAAAGAAAGAUGCAGACUUAAGUGACCUGAUUAGUAGGCAACAAGAUAACUUGAACAUGGAUGAAGAUGCUAAAAAUGUGACACUUCUGGCAAAAACAAAAUUGGCCCAGGAUUUCAGCAAUUUUGCAGUAGAAAUUCAAAGAACUAUCACAGCGCUCAGAGAGCAGAUAAACAAAUUGGAGGAGCGCCUGAGGCAGACAGGAUGUGCAGAUGACAAAGGGAUGCAGAGGAAGGAAGGGGAACACUGGACCAAGGAUGACUGCAUUAACUGUGCCUGUGUGAGUGGCCAAGUCACAUGCAUGGUGGAGACUUGUUUCCCAGCUCCAUGCCCCAGUCCUGAAUUGGUGAAAGGAACCUGUUGUCCAGUUUGCAGAGACCAAGGAAUGGCAGCCUAUGAUCCUGAAGAGCACAAACCAGUGUCUACUCUUGAGCCCUAA